UUUUUUUUUUCCUAAAUUCCCCAAUCAAACAGUUUGAUCCCUAAAUAACAACAACAUUCAAUUUUCCCUUAAAUUAUUAUAACAGUUUUGAUCACAAAACUCAAAAAAAUUCACAAAUAAACAAAAAAUUACAACAAUUCCCAGACCAUUCUAAUUUAUUGGGAAAUUCAACCUUUCAAUGACCAAUACAACUACAUAGAUUUUGGUUAUCCAACAUUUUGACCCUUUCUUUUCUGGACAAUUUUUCCCCUUUCUUCUUUCUUUGUUUCAAUUUAUGGAAUUUGGAGAUUUUGGACCAGAACAAUCCUACAAACUUGUGAUGGUUUUAUGAUGGCUUUAAGAUUAGAAGACAAGAAAAGCAAGUCUUUCAUUCACAAAAUGUUUUCAGCUAAAGAUAGAAGUAGAAGAGGAAUCAAAUACCCUUCUGAACAAGAUAUAAUAAUUGGUUCUGAUACUGAAGCCCAAACAAUUCAGCAUGCCAAGAACUUAAAGGCUUUUGUUGCUACAUGGAAUGUAGGAGGGAAACCCCCUGAGAAUGGGCUUGUUCUUGAUGAUUUUCUCCAAGUUAAUGCUCCCUCAGAUAUUUACGUCUUGGGUUUUCAGGAAAUUGUCCCGUUAAAUGCUGGAAAUGUGCUUGUUAUAGAAGACAGUGAGCCCGCAGCAAGAUGGCUUACUCUAAUAAAUCAGUCUCUCAACAAAAACAACAACCACUUCCAAACUCUAAGGAAAGCAACGUCUUUGAUAAACGCAAAGCCGUUUGGUGGAACGAAACAAGCAAAGCUAACAAGCACCUCGAGUGGCUCGCUUUUCUUUCCUAAGUACUCGCUUAAGACCGUGAGCAAACAAUUUAGGACGGAAAGCAAAAAGCGACUCAAGACUUGUAAUUGUGCCUCCGAGCUUGAUAGAAGAUACACUCGAGACUCUUGUUUUCGAUGCCAACAAAGUAGUGUAAGCGACGAUGAUUUAUCGUCAGAAGAGGAUGACGGGCCUAAUGGGGUUGUAUUCUCAGAAAUCUUAAAUUCUUCCGCGAAUGACCAAAAAUAUAGCUUAAUUGUGAGCAAACAAAUGGUUGGGAUUUUUCUCACUAUUUGGGUGAAAAGGGAGUUGGUCCAACAUAUUUGUCACUUGAAAACGUCUUGUAUUAGUCGCGGUAUCAUGGGGCUUGGAAACAAGGGUUGCAUUGCGGUGAGCAUGCUUUUGUAUAGAACGAGCUUUUGCUUCGUUUGUAGCCACUUAGCGUCUGGAGAGAAAGAAGGCGAUGAGCUCAGACGGAAUUUGGAUGUUAUUGAGAUACUUAAAAGUACUCAUUUUCCUAGGAGAUGCAAAGUUCCUAAUAGUCGAAUACCCGAGAGAAUAUUAGAGCACGAUCGAAUCGUAUGGUUUGGGGACUUGAAUUAUCGGAUUUCUUUAAGUCAUACCGAAACCUUGAAGCUUUUAAAGAAGAGGGAAUGGGAGUCUCUUCUAAGCAAAGAUCAGCUAAAGGUCGAAAGGGAAGCAGGACGAGUUUUCAAAGGCUGGAGGGAAGGGCUUAUCAAAUUCGCACCAACUUAUAAGUAUUCGUAUAACUCGAACAUUUAUCUUGGAGAAACCAACAUUUCGCCAAGCAAAAGAAGAACUCCGGCCUGGUGUGACAGAAUACUAUGGAAGGGUGAUGGAGUACAUCAAUUAUCGUACGAAAGAAAAGACUCGAGCAAGUAUCAAUUUUCUGAUCACCGACCUGUUUAUGGAACAUUUCGUGUGGAGGUUUCAGUAAGGGAACCAUCAAACUCGACCUUCUUCAAUAUCGAAAUCGAAUAACCCUUUUAAUAUCGAGUCUCGAUUACAAGAGUGCAUUAUACUAAUGAAAAGGUUUGACGAUAUUCGAGAUUGGUUAUUGAAUCGUACUAACAUAUAUAGAUUAUCGAUUCGUUCAACAGUAACAAAUAGGCAAUUUUUUUAUCAAGUGAAAUUUGUACAGAGAAAGUAUUUUUUGAAUUUCCAUGUGUUACAAUUUAUUCAAUAUGUAUCAAUAGUCACAUUCGUUGCUUCGUUGGUGUCGUGUGCCCUCGUAUAUGCAAGGGUUGUCGAAAUGUCGAAAAACGAUAUGUUCUUUCAUUCAAAUGAACAUGUAUAUAUAUAUUUUUACGGUUCUUUACAGUUAUAUAGUCUUGUGUUCUUGUUUGUAGUUUCUAUUUACAACUUUUAGAUCCUUGUAUAGUUGAACCAUUUUGGAAUUUUAUUGUUGUUUAGAAUAAAUAGAUCAAUUAAUACAAACUAAAAUAAAAUAAAUAAAAUUCUUGUUUUAAGGUUGUCUCACCGAAAAAUAUAUGGGUGUUUUUUCGCAUUAAUGUUUAUAUAUAAAUACAAGAGGUGUUGGGUCUAAGAGUAAUGCCCAACAAGCAAAUAAACUAAAUGAUUUAUUA